CUCCUCCCAAACAAUUUCAGCCCCGAUUGUCCGCUUUCUCUUGCAGACGCUCCAGAUGUGUAGCCUCUGCUCAGCGGCUUGGGCAGCCGCGUGGACCAGUGGCAGCAGCAGCAGCGGCAGCGGCACUGGCGGUUUGAAUCAAGAUUAUGUCUUUGUGACACCCAUUGAAGUGGAUCCUGGAGGGGCUUACGUUUCCCAUGAUAUUUUGCACAGCAGACGAUGGAAGCGGUCACCCCAGAGACCCAGGGGUUCCUUGCACUAUAGAUUUGCAGCAUUUGGGCAAGAUCUGCACUUACAACUUGAACCUUCUUCCAUCCUUGGCCAAGAUCUCAUGGUCCAGGUCCUAGGAAAAGAUGGCAUCCUAGAGUCUGGGAAGCUUGAAGUGGAGCAGUGUUUCUACCAGGGAUUCAUCUGGAAUGAUAGCACCUCCUCGGUGGCAUUGUCGACUUGCAUGGGACUGUCAGGUCUAAUCAGGACCCAAGAAAAUGAGUUCCUCAUCUCUCCAUUGCCAAUGCUGCUAGCCCAGGAACACAACUAUACCUCUCCCACAGGCCAUCAUCCUCACGUACUGUACAAAAGAACAGCAGAGGAGAAAAUACAGCGGUAUCAGGGCUUCCCUGGAUCCAGUCUGCAUUUGCCUGCUCAUCCCCAGAGUCAGAACCCCCAGGAGCCUCCAAGCCCAGAGAAGCCUUCCCAGCAUCGAAGGUUGCAAAAGCAGCACUUUUGUGGAAGGCGCAAGAAAUAUGCCCCCAAGCCUCCCACAGAUGAUACCUAUGUAAGGGUGGAUGAAUAUGUCAGCACUGGAAGGCUUAGAAGGUCUGCUGGGAAAGCUCAGCGAGGGCUCAACGUGGAAACUCUAGUUGUGGCUGAUAAGAAAAUGGUGGAAAAACAUGGAAAAGAAAACGUGACCACAUACAUCCUAACUGUAAUGAAUAUGGUUUCCAGCCUUUUUAAAGAUGGGACCAUUGGAAGUGACAUAAACAUUGUUGUGGUGAGCCUCCUUCUCCUGGAACAUGAACCUGGUGGAUUACAGAUCAAUCACCAUGCAGAUCAAUCUCUGAAUAGCUUCUGUCAGUGGCAGUCUGCUCUCAUCGGAAAAAACAACAAGAGGCAUGAUCAUGCUAUUUUACUAACAGGACUGGAUAUCUGUUCCUGGAAGAAUGAGCCAUGUGACACUUUAGGUUUUGCUCCCAUCAGUGGAAUGUGCAGCAAGUAUCGAAGUUGUACCAUUAAUGAAGACACAGGGCUUGGUCUGGCGUUCACCAUAGCUCAUGAGUCAGGCCACAACUUUGGAAUGAUUCAUGAUGGAGAAGGAAAUCCAUGCAGAAAGGCUGAAGGCAACAUCAUGUCCCCCACUCUAACUGGAAACAACGGGGUGUUCUCUUGGUCCUCUUGCAGUAGGCAAUAUCUCACCAAGUUCCUCAGCACAGCCCAGGCUUCUUGCCUGGUUGAUGAACCAAAACAAACAGGGCAGUAUAAAUACCCAGAUACUCUCCCAGGGCAGAUCUAUGAUGCAGAUGUUCAGUGCAAGUGGCAAUUUGGAGCAAAAGCAAAACUGUGCAGCCUCAGUUUUGUGAAGGACAUUUGCAAAUCACUUUGGUGCCAUCGAACAGGCCAUAGAUGUGAGACAAAAUUCAUGCCAGCAGCAGAAGGCACUAUUUGUGGUUUGAGUAAGUGGUGUCGGCGAGGUCAGUGUGUCAAGUUUGGUGAGCAUGGACCCCGGCCCAUACAUGGCCAUUGGUCGGAGUGGUCAGCGUGGUCAGAGUGUACACGGACCUGCGGGGGAGGAGUCACUCAGCAAGAGAGGCACUGCACUAACCCCAAACCACAACAUGGUGGCAAAUUCUGUUCAGGGUCUAGUCGCCUGUAUCAGCUGUGCAACGUUCACCCUUGUCAAACCAAUAGUAUGGACUUCCGUUCCCAGCAGUGUGCUGAGUAUAACAGUAAGCCUUUCCGAGGAUGGUACUACAAGUGGAAACCCUAUACCAAAGUGGAAGAGAAGGAUAGAUGCAAGCUUUACUGCAAGGCUGAAAAUUUUGAAUUUUUCUUCGCAAUGUCUUCCAAGGUGAAAGAUGGCACUUCUUGUUCUCCAAACAAAAAUGAUGUUUGCAUUGAUGGCAUUUGUGAGCCGGUAGGAUGUGAUCAUAAGCUGGGCUCCCAAGCAACUUUGGAUGCUUGCGGUGUUUGCAAAGGAGAUAAUUCAACAUGCAAGUUUUAUAAAGGCCUAUACCUUGACCAGCACAAAGCAAACGAAUAUUAUCCAGUUGUAACCAUUCCAGUGGGAGCACGCAGUAUUGAAAUACAGGAGUUACAUAUAUCUACCAGUUAUCUUGCAGUUUGCAAUCUGAAUAAAAAAUAUUAUCUCACAGGAGAUUGGACUAUUGAUUGGCCAGGGGAGUUCCAAUUUGCUGGAACUGUGUUUGACUACCAACGUCCUCUGAACCACCCUGAACGUCUGUAUGCAGCAGGACCCACAAAUGAGACACUGGUCUUUGAAAUUCUGAUGCAAGGCAAAAAUCCAGGGAUCUCAUGGAAAUAUACCCUGCCCAAAGUCACGAGCACGACGCAGACAGUGACACAAGGACACAUCUACGCAUGGAAGACAGUACAGUUGGAAUGUUCAGUUUCUUGUGGUGGAGGUUACUUUACAGUGAAGACCAUCUGUUUGCAAGAUCAUCAGAAACAAGUGAAUUCCUCUUUCUGCAGCAGUAAGACCAAACCUGUGAUUGAACCUCAAACAUGUAAUGCCUUUUCCUGUCCUGCAUAUUGGGCCCCAGGUGAAUGGAGUUCCUGCAGUCAGUCCUGUGGGGGUGGCCAGCAAAGCCGACUUAUUCAGUGUGUCCAAAAGAGAAGUUUUCAAAAGGAAGAGAUUGUAGUACAUUCUCGGUGCCCAGUGAGCACCCCAUCCCACAUCCAAGUCUGCAAUACCCAUGCCUGUCCUCCAGAAUGGAGCCCUGGGCCAUGGUCUCAGUGUUCCAAGACCUGUGGACGAGGGGUGAAGAAGCGGGCAAUCUAUUGUCAAAGUGCUGUCAGAGGUGAUGUCCUACCAGACAACAUGUGUGACUCGGUCCCAAAGCCAGAAGUCCAAGAGGGCUGCGUGCUAGGCCGCUGUCCCAGGAACGACCGGCUUCAGUGGGUGGUUUCCUCUUGGAGUGAGUGCUCAGCAUCCUGUGGUCCAGGUAUAAAGAAGAGAGUUGUACAAUGCAGUGAGAAAGGCCUUCCAGGAAAGCUGAUGACUUUCCCAGAGCGCAGAUGUCGUCACAUCAAGAAACCAAAGAUAGACCUGGAGGAAGCCUGUCACCAAGGAAAUUGCCCAAUAGCCCCUGGGCCUUCACUGGUUGCCCGAUGGUAUUCUUCCCCUUGGCAACAGUGCACAGUGACGUGUGGAGGUGGCCUACAGACCAGAGCAGUGCAGUGUCUCCAGGAAGGUCGGCCCACAGCCAGCUGUCUGGUCCACCAAAAGCCAUCAGCUGUCCGAGCCUGUAACACCAACUUUUGCCCCAUGCCAACAAAGAGAGAUGAGCCACCCUGUGUGGAUUUCUUUAGCUGGUGCCAUCUGGUUCCACAACAUGGCGUCUGCAACCACAAGUUUUACGGCAAACAGUGCUGCAAGUCAUGCUCAAGGAAGAACCGGUGAUGACGAUGACAAUAACAACUCCUAUUUCUUUAGUGCUAUAAGGUUUACAAAUGCUUUCCCAAAAACAGCCUCGUGAGGUAGGUAGUACAAGGAUUUUAUCCCCGUUUCAGAGAAGAAGAAUCUGAGACCUGGGGAAAAAGAAGAGAGGUGACUUGGCCCAAGUCACAGACCUGGCAAGUGACAUAGCCCAAACCCAAACCCAGGUCAUCCGGCUCCAGAUCCAUUAUUCUUACCACUGCCCUGUUCUGCCUCUCAAUCUUAGAACAAUGCCUGUUGGGGAUUUGGGUAGGUUCGAGCUCCCCUUUUACCCACAAAGGAACCAGUGAACACCCUAUGCUGGGUCCCUCAGAGUACCUAACAAGCAAGUGGAGCACGGGGCUGCAGGCAUGUAGCCACAGCAAAGUGCUUAAAGGACAGAGAAUUGUCAUGUCGAUAAACCAUGCCCACUUCAGAGCCCUUGCCAGAAGAUGUGAUGGAUUCCCUCUCAGGAAAUCCUGUCAGCCUCAGCUGUCCUUUGGAGCAUACUGUUCUAUCACACCAAGAUAUACUGAGUCACUGACAAAAACGGAACUAUUUAACCAUUUCCACAUCUGUCAAAAGGACCUAUUGAGUCAACUGAGGAAACUCCUCUCCUUGGAGAUUCACCAAGUCACAGAUAGAACUGAAAGGAACCAUUGAGCUACAGAAUCUCAGAGUGGGAAUGGAUCUCAGCUGUCUCGUAGUUCAACCCCAGCCUUGCUUUCCUCACAAAUAUUAUCCAGUCUUUGCUUAGAAGACCCCCGGUGAUGGGGAGUUCACUACCUCUGAAGAAAGCCUCUUCCACUUUGGGUCAGUUCUAAAUUGUCAAAAAAAAAUUUUUUUUGUCAAGUUUAAAUCUGCCUUUACACAUCUUCCACUAAUUUCUUCCAAUUUUAUCCUUUGAGGCCAAGGAGAAAAUCCCAGUCUCUCUUCCACAUCACUAUCUUUCAGCCACUCGAAAACAGCAAUCGGAUAUUGUUUUUUCUGCCUCCUCAAUUCCUCCAGGUGAGCCUUGGAUAGCUUGAUCUCUGGGCUCCUCUCCACCUUAGUCAUGCUGCUUUGGAUGAGCGCUAGCUUGUUCCUAUCCUUUCUGAUAUGUGGUAACCAGUGCUGAAGCCACUAUUCCAGAGGUUGUCCCAUCCAGGUGGACUCCAGCUCCUUCGUUUUACAGCUGAGGAAACGCCGGCAUAUAGAAACAAAAGGGCUCAUUCAAGAUCACACAGCAAGUGGGUGUCAGAGGCUGCAAUAAGAACCUUUUCACUUCUCAGCCUGAGACUCGGUCAGAGCCCGACAGGCCCUGGAUGCAAGACCUCCACUAACCGGAGCCACGGGAACAUCCUGACCAUAAAACUGCACAGGGGGCGUAUUACGUCUCCUGGGGCUUCUAGAGGGACUGUUGGGGUGGCUUGGGAGCAUAUCUUCUGCCUGUUCCAAGGCUGGAACAUUUUAACAGUCACCUGGGAAGCAUUUUCUAAAAACAUUCUGGAAACAGGGUAUAUAAACAAUUGGUCAAUUAAACUUUGCACUUUGAAUAAUUUAUAAAUUACAAGUUCUCACUCCUCCUCACCCCCAUGUCAUCUCAAGAUAGUUCCACAUUUGAAACAGUUCAUUUAAGUAUUUAUUAAGCACCUUCUCCAUAAGAACCCUAGCUCAGUGCUGAGCAAACCAGCAAGCUAAGUCAUGGAAUCAGAUGUGAUUAGUUAAAAGGGACCUCAGAAACCAUCUAGUGACUGGGAACUCACUACCUUACAAGGCACAAGGCAGUACUUUCCCAUUUCUGAAUAGCUCUUAUUGUUAGGAAUUUUUUAUUUGUCUGCUGGGCUAAAAUCUGCCUCCCUAUAACUUUCAUCUAUGGUUCCUGGCUAUUCCUGACCCAUCUCAAAUCUUCCAGACUUUACAGCAACCUAGAAGAAAUCAGAUUCUUCUUUAAAUAAAGUUAUACUACUUAUGCCUUAGAAGGGACUUUGAUGAUCAUCUAGUCCUAUUCUAUCAUUUUAUAAAGGAUAAAAUGAAGCCCAUGAAUUCAAGAAACUUGAUCAAGUUCGAAUGGUUAGUAAGUGGCAGCUGGGAUUCAGGCUAUGGUGUUCCAAGUAAAAAUUCAGCACUCUUUCCAUUCAGUCCCCUUCCUUAAAGGCUUGCAACCUAAUAGGGGACUUCAAAUACACAGUACAGUUUUCCUGCAUGUAGAAUACAAUUCUGAGCAAUUCAGUCAUUUUAGGUCAUAUUUGACUCUUUGUGAUCCCACUUUGGGUUUUCUUGGCAAAGAUACUGGAGAGAUUUGCCAUUUCCUUCUCCACCUCAUUUUACAGAUGAGGAAACUGGAGGCAAAUAGGGUUACAUGACUUGCCCAGGGUCAAACAGCUAGUAAGUGUCUGGGGCCAGAUUUGAACUCAAGAAGAUGAGUCUUUUGGACUCCAGGUCCAGCACUCUAUCCAAUGAGCCACGUAGUUGCCACUGAGCAAUGGGAAAAAUAAAAAUUUUAAAUACGAGAAUCCCAGGUUCCAUGGAGCUUAUACAUUCCAGAUUAUACAUUCGAUGCAGAAUCCUAGAAUCCCAGAGCUGUUUAGGACCUCAGAAGAAGCCAUUUAGUCCGGAAUACAUGAAUCUCCUCCAAAUCUUGCCUGAGGCAGUUAAAAAAAUUUUUUUAUCUUAAAUCAAGCCUAUAUCUGUCUGUCUCUAACUUCUACCCAUUUUUCUUGGUUCUGACUUUUGUGGUCAACCAGAAUCAAUCUAGUCUCUUUUUCACAUAACAGCUCUUCAGAUACCAGAUAUUUGAAGAGAGCUACUAUGUCCUCCCUGGUCUUUUAUUCUCCAGAUUAAAUAUCUCCAGUUACUUCAUGUUCAUGUAACGUGGUCUUAAACUCCCUAUUUCAAGUCAAAUUCCAUUUACUUAACAGUAUACUUGCUCUGCAAGUACUUACAUUUAAAUAAAUGAUGAACUAUUCCAAUUUUGUUACAUUCCUCCCUACCACUUUACAAGACCCUAUCAUCUACGCUCAGGCUUCCACAGGUCCAGAUUCAUUUGUAAAGGAGCCUGUCUGAUACUAAAGUCAAUUUCAAUUAAUUCAACAAACAUUUAGUAAAUAAUUUUUUAUGCAGAGGACUGAGUUUGGUGUUUAAGGUAAUAUAAAUUUUAGAUCAAUAUAUAUAUAUUUGCCAUGGGCUGGGACUCAAGCCUGUCCAUACCUUUGUAAGUGGUUUCAUGUGUCUCUGUGGCCUAGAAAUCCAUUCCUUGGUGGCUAAACCCACUACUGAUGAGCCUUCAGAACUAAGCUAGAGAGUCUGUCAUUAGCCAUUAUUUGAUGCCUUUCCAGCUUUGUGGUACCUCCCAGGGAUUACCAAUCCAAACUGGCAAGUUGGCAAGGGGAGGUAUCACCUUCUCCUUAGGAAGAGACAUCUAUGGUGGAGGAGGCCUUGGUGGAGAGGCUAUCAUCCUUAAAAUAGUUUUUCAGUUGGAAGCACACCAGCCUAUUUGCCCAAACCCAUAAAGCAGCAGGCCUGUGUCCAUCUAUAAUUUUUGGAGGUUUUGUUCAAAGGAUGUGUGUUUAUGUUGUUUCAUUUCAUCCCACAACUUUUUUUUCUUGUUUUAUGAAUGUUGCCCCAGUUCUCUGCCGCUGAGGCAUCAGUUCAAAUAAAGAUUGGCUAGUUCAGUAUAGCCAACUAGACAGUGGUCAGUUAAAAUGAAUGGUUCCCUUUGUAACUCUCCAAAUGGGGACUGGGUUUUUUUUUAAUAUUAUCCAAGACAUGAUAAUUAUCUCCUUAGCUUGAUUUGAAGUAUAAAUGGUUGUAUUAUUUAAAAACAAAAACAAUGCACAUUGGAUUCCCCCCUCCCAUCCCCAGGAAAAUUGUUUUCAUAAUGACUAUUUUAUAACUUGAUGUAAAGAAUAAUUUAUUAACUCAUAACCUGUCCUCUGUUUGCACUUGCUCCCUAAAGUGGGUGAUGUUCAUUAGAAAGAGAUAUGUUGAAUAAAACUAUGUUAUGGAAUUUUUAAAAAUCAACAUAUAGGCAUGGUAUUUAAUUCUUCUGUAAGUUUAACAAUAAAGGACUCUGUUUCCUUAUA